AUGACACAAACAUCAACAAAUGAAAAAAGUGAAGCUUUACAACCAACAGAAGGAACUGAAAUGCUUGAACGUUUUUGGUCAGAAAUACGUGCUGAAAUUGAAUCGAUAAAUAUUAUGGAUUUUCGAGCAAGUGAAUUACCAUUAGCACGCAUUAAAAAAAUUAUGAAAUUAGAUGAUGAUGUUAAAAUGAUAAGUGCUGAAGUACCAAUACUAUUUGCUAAAGCAGCUGAAAUAUUUGUUCAUGAAUUAACAUUACGUGCAUGGCUUCAUACAGAAGAAAGUAAACGACGUACAUUACAGAGAAAUGAUGUUGCAAUGGCAAUUACGAAAUAUGAACAAUUUGAUUUUUUGAUUGAUAUUGUGCCACGAGAAGAAUCAAAACCUCAUAAAAAACAUGAUAAUAAUAUGGGCGAAGUACAGUAUAUUGUUACACUUCCACAGGCAAACCAACCUAGUGCUAUUCAAUUACCAAACGGACAAGUUAUACAAUUAUCUCCAACAAUACAAUCACCACUUGUCACGAUUGGUAAUUCUGGCCAACAAUAUGCAGUUUUAUCCCAGUCAAAUCAGAUUCAAGUACCAGCUCAAUAUAUUCAAAUAGCUCCACCUCAAAUGUCUGAAACUAUGCAACAACAACAAACAACAGCACCGGCAAAAAACAUACAUGUGUCAACAUCACCAAAUGUUAUUCAACCACAACAACGUCCUGCUACAUCAGCUCAUAUUACCAUAACAGCAGCUCAAUUACAACAAAUAUUAAAUGCUUCACAUAAAACGACUAAUAAUAAUGCAAUAACAACAACAACAACAACAAAACCAAUACAACAAAUUGAUAAUAAUAAUCAAUCAUCGGAUCAGACAACUACAGUUGAUAUUAAACAACAACCUGUUUAA